GUAAUCCUUGGGAGCUUCAUAGAUAGAAAAAACCCACUUUCCUUUAAGACAACAGGAGAUAGCUUUUGCCCAAAAUUAAAGGAGGGACUAGGAAGUGACAACAAAGCUCACCAUGUAACUUUCAAGGAAAAAUGACUGAAAGAGAAGCAACCUGACGUUACUCUUUCCUCAUGAGUUCCCACAAACAAGAUAAACGUGCUCCCCAAGCUCAUUCUCCUCUUCUGUUAGUGUUUAUAACCACCACUUCUUCUCCAUUCUUUCUUCACAACAUAAAACUAAAAAAAUUUCAAGGCACUACUAGUCUCUCUCUCUCUAAAUCUUCCAAUUUCUUCAAAUCCUUCAACAAGCUUUUAAACAACAAGAGCUUUCAAAGUCCAUCUUUGCCAUCAACCAAGCUCUUCAACCCAAUUGUUCUGAUUGGGUGUAGCAGCCAAGUUUCUUUCAACAUGGAUGUCAGGAAAUCUGUUGAAAGCGAUGGAAGCGUUCAUUUGCAGAUUAUAGAGAAUUCAAGGCUCAGUGAAACUUACGGUUCAAGUAACACCAUUUUUGAACUAGAGAACAGGGCAAUUGAGAAGAGAGAUAGCAGCACUGCAGAUUCUGUUGCUCCGACUACACCAACAACAAUCCGUGCGCCAGAGAAGAAACUAACGCUCUUCGCUCUGCGCCUUGCUGUUCUUGAAAAAGCAGCCACUGGUCUGGGAACCCUUGGUUUUAUUUGGGCCACAGUUGUUCUUCUAGGUGGCUUUGCCAUCACUUUAGAUAAAACAGACUUCUGGUUUAUCACCACUAUUCUGUUAAUUGAAGGGACUCGAAUAUUCAGUCGGAGCCAUGAGCUUGAAUGGCAACAUGAAGCAACUUGGUCUAUCACUGGUGCUGGAAUGAACAGUUUCCGAGCAUUAAGGGAUAGUUCACACAACUUCUUUGGAUAUCUGAAAGAAAUUUUCAACCCAUUAUUCACUGUCACAAAGAAAGGUCGACAGAGUAGAGAAGUGACAAUGACUACUGCUCAAGCAAGUCCAGGAAACUGGGAUCAGAGGAAGACGCCCACUCGAGCAUGGACAAAUUCAGAUGUUCCCCUCCUGCCAUAUGGCCGAUGGGUUUUCCUUUCAAGAAAUAUUAGCCAAAUUCUAUAUUGGCUUCAAAUUUUGUCCGCAACAGCCUGUGUUGUGCUUUCAUUGAUGAAGCUUAUCAAACAUAACUAUGGCGAGGUAUCCAAAGGAGAUACUGACAAGAGGAAUCGGAAAUCCGCCCUGACCAUUUUUUAUUCCUUGGCUUUAGCAGAAGCUUUGCUAUUUCUGAUGGAGAAAGCUUACUGGGAGUGGAAGGUCAGAUUCUGUAAGUUGUUAGAAGAUGUGAACAGUGAAUGUGGCUUGGGGCCUUCUGGCAUGGUUUCCAUGAGAAGGUUCUUUUAUGAUGCUUAUUCAAGGUGUGUAAAUGGAAGCAUUUUUGAUGGCUUGAAAAUGGACAUGGUAGCUUUUGGUAUGGAUCUCUUGGCUUCAAAUUCUACCGAUGAGCAGCUCAUUGGAGCCAGAAUUCUUCGCCAAUUAUCCGCAAGUGAACAGUUUUCUGAUGACACCCUUCAGAAGAUCGGAAUAAAUAUAUCAUUGAUUGAAAGAUUGGUUGAGAUGUUGAGUUGGAAAAAUCCUCAAGAAGAAGAGAUCAGGCAGUCAGCAGCAGAAAUAUUGUCAAAACUAGCUGGCAAAAAGCAGAACUCCUUACGGGUUGCUGGGAUACCAGGAGCAAUGGAGUCAAUCUCAUCUUUGCUGGAAACAAACAGAAUCUCUAUUGCUGCGACUGACGAAAUUGGUGAAAAGAGAAUCAUAUUUGAUCAUAGACAUUAUGGGUUUUGGACAUUUAAUCAGUUGGGUCUGCUUAUUUUGAAGAAGCUUGCUCAUGACCAUGACAACUGUGGAAAGAUUGGUAAUACCAGAGGCCUCUUACCAAAAAUCAUAGAUUUUACACAUGCUGAAGAGAGGCUGCUGAAGGAUGAAAAUGUUGCUCCCUCACAGAUUAUGACAGUAAAACGAUCUCUGCAACUAGUGAAGAUGCUGGCAAGCACAACAGGCACCACAGGGGAACAUCUUCGAAGAGAGAUUUCAGAGAUAGUUUUCACAAUAAGCAACAUAAGAGACAUCCUAAAAAAUGGAGAAAAGCACCCAAUGUUACAAAAACUGGCCAUAGAAAUUUUAACCAGUCUGGCACAAGAAGAGGAUGCAACAGAGAGAAUUGGGGGCACAGGUGGAGUUCUUAAGGAAUUGUUCAACAUUUUUUUCAACCACCAAAUGCCAGAGAGUCAGUAUCAUGUAAGAAUCGCAGCAGGCGAAGCACUGGCAAUGCUGGCCUUAGAAAGCAGAAAUAAUUGUCAUCAAAUUUUGAAAUUACAGGUACUUGAAAGGCUUGUAGGAGCAUUAGAGGUUCCACUCCUCCGUAUCAACACUGCAAGAAUUUUAAGAAACUUGUGCACCUACAGCGGUUCUGAUCGCUUCAAUCAGCUAAAGGGUGUCGCAGCGGCUGCACCCACAAUUCUUAAGGCAAUUAUGUUGGGAGAAAACAAACUGCAAGAAGUCAUGGUAGGACUAGCGGCACAUGUUUUGAAAUACGUGACUUCUGAAGAAUCAACCAUCAUGUUUGAGGAAGCUGGAAUUAAAGAAGCUGAUUUGGCGAACAAAUUAGUCGAGAUCCUAAGAAAGUAUGAAAAACCAGCUAUUAAAGUUCCACGAAUAAGGAGGUUUGCCAUUGAGCUGGCAAUUUGGAUGAUGCUAAACAACAGAGAAGAUGUACGUAUUUUCAAGGAUAGGGGAAUGGAGGAGGAGCUAGAGGGCGUCCUGGAGACCACAGCUGAGAUCGAAAGCUUCAACAUCUUCUCUGGCACUGUUGGACUAAGCCGACACAGCACAACGAUUCACUCACUUGUUGAAACUGCGUUGGAGUUGCUGAGGGAUGGGGAAAAUCAAGCAGCGUGGCACUGAUUUUCCAAAACCAGUAGUUGUUUUACACCAAUAUUGUUCUGAUAAAAUACUUGUAAAUACACAUGGAUGAAAGUCAUAUGACAUUCUUUUUCAAUAAGUUAUGAAAUACACAUAUAUCCAAACAAUGGAUGUAGCAAAAA